AUGAAAAGGGAUACCAAGAAGAGCUAUAAGAAAUGGAAAAGUGAUAAAAUAACGAGGCAAGAAUACUUAGAACAGAAGAAGGAAUGGAGAAGAUAUAUGGAAAAGAAAAGAAUAGAGAAAAGAGAAGAAGAAGAGAAAACACUGAAAAUGAUUAGGACGGAAGCAGAGGUAUGGAGAUUUAUAAACAAAAGGAGAAAGAAAAGAGAAACGAGGGAGACAAACCUUGAGGUGGAGGAAUGGAGAAAGCACUUUGUGAACCUACUAAAAGGGCAAGAGACGUGGGAGGAAGAAGAGAAUAAAGGGAGCGAGGAAUGGGAAAAAGAGGAUGAACAAAGAAAAGAGAAGAGACAAGGGGAAGACCCAUCGGAAGAAGAAAUAAGAAAGAUUGUGAAGAAAAUGAAAAUGAAAAAGGCAGCGGGAAUAGAUGGCAUUCCAAUGGAGGCCUGGAAACUAGGUGGAGAAACAGUAAAAAAAUGA